AUGGCCGACGUCGAAAGCAACGUCGCAGACGAGUCGUUUGCGCAGUCCGAAACCCAGGACGAGCAGCCUUCGCACAGUACAGUCAGCGCGACGGUUGGCAUCAGGCGUCAGGCGAAUGGCACCAUUGGCUCCGUCUACUCAGGAAACAAAAUCAGGCAUCUGAAAAAGGAAGAUGGUAUGCCACUCUGGCGCAAGGACAUCCAGUACCAGUUUCUCAAAUUGGUCUUCGAGGACAAGACUCCAGUGUUCACUCGCUGGUCCGAUGGCAAGAAGGGCUUGGAUUUUGCGGAUAUUUACAUUGAUGCGAUGGCGAGGAGCAGUAAGACGAGCAAGAUACUUAAGGACAAACUGCAGAGCGAUAAGCAAGCCGCCAUUAAUAUGGCGAUGGUUUGUCUGCUUGUUAACUUUGGGAGGAUGAAUACCACUUUGAACUGUAUGGUUUUGCCUUUCUUUUUGUCUCUUCACUCAGCGCUCUUCGCGAUCUCAUUCCUUUCUAAAUCCUCCCUUAAACUUGUGCCAUUGGAUCUCGAGACUGACUUGGAGACAAAUUCAGUUUUCCCCGAAAUGCGCGCUCAACUACGGACUUAUCACUCUAUUCCUUCCCUGCAGGCACACCAAGACCCCAACGCAUACAAGCAGCUUCAGGAUGCUCCUCGUCUCAAGUCGAUCCUCAAGGGUGCAUCAGAGGAUGUUGACCAGCCAAAUACGCUCGAGAAGAUCAAACGCCAUCCCAUCCCUCGGACUAAUCCGGUGCAUCUCAUCUUUGUCCUCGCACAGUACGCUCCCAAGGUGUCCGAGUUACACUUCUUCCCUCCCCGCGAUUUCUUCGACUUGGUCAUGAGAUCCACGCUCAGCAGUAAGAGCCGUGCAAGAGCCUUCUUAUGGUUGAUGUGGUGGUAUUUGGAGAGUGAUUACUCCCGUGAAGCCGCCCUCAACAACCCAUUCGGCCCGGGCCAGGAUGGUGAAGGAACCGAGGGCCUGCCAAUCAAAGUGCCCAGCUUCGAGAGCCUCACGGAAGAGCAGGCAAACGAGGAAAACGUGGAUACGCCCUCGGAAAUCGAAUACGGAGAAACAAAACGCUUGGAGCGUAAACGUAUGUUCAUGCGACUGUCAACUUAUUUUCUGCAUUUCGGUGCAUGGGCUGACGUUGUCCUAGGCAUUCUAGAAGAGGACGAGCCAUUACCCAGGCCGCCAAAGCGUCCACGAAAGGGUAAUUCAGACCAGCUCCCUUGGCGACCUCCCUUGGAUGGGGGCCCAGGAGAAGGUCCUGCGUACGACGCGUAUUAUGGAACCAAUCCUAUGCGGCCGCCUUCCAAGCGUCCAGCGGAUCCAGAUGAAGGCUAUCUGACGCCUACUCAAUCAUCGCGUUCUGAGUCCAAACGACCCAAGCGGGAGUCGUCUCUUAACCGCUCGGUCGGUCAGCAGCGACUGAUUUUGAAGACUAAGAUGGAGCAGACCCCCGACGCGUCCUCGCCGGCGCCUCCAGGUUCAGGUCAUCCGAUUCUGAAUAGAUUCGUGACCGAAUCCACAAUCGGUCAGCCUCCCUCAGCUCGCCGCCCUCGACCACUUACACAGCACCAGCUGGCUGUCGAACAGAAUCGGCGCCAGCGUAUCGAUUAUCUUCUGGCAAAGCGUAAAAACGAGGCUUACCGAAUUUUACGAGCGAAGAGAGAAAGCGAAAUCCCGUUCGCACGCUACGGUCGCUUGUUGCAAUCUCUUCCGGAAGGUUACGACACUGAGGACGAGGAGGUCUCACGGGGAAAGGGUGGCUUGAUCCCUCACCACGAGGAAGAAGAAGACUUUGGAGAAUCCGCGGGCUACUUCUUGUCUGUGAUCCGUAAGGCCGCCAGAAGGCUUGACCGCUGGGACUAUGAAAACGCGAAUGGUCCGAAGAGAGACCGCAAGAAAGAGAGAGAGGAGCGCCAGAAAGCCAGGCAGAACGGCUAUGCCAUGGAUGCCCUUGACCUGAGUGGGCGAGCCUCGAUGUCCGCUCGUAGCAGAGCCCGCGCCGCGCGCAAUGCGAGACGCAAGCUCGCCGAAGCAGAGGCUGGUGCUUCUGGUGCUACGGCCGGCGAGGCCUCCAAGGGGCAAACUGCCUCAUCCGCUCGCUCCAAGAGCAGCCGAAGUCGCCCUAGUCGCGUUGCUGGAGCGGCCUCUUCCGAUGUGGCUGGCAAGGAUGAUCUCGACGUUCCCUCACAAAACCAGGAACUCUCGCCGCUGCCUCCUUCCAUUCGUCUGGCCGAUGAUGACGCCGAUCUCGACGGCGAAGGCCUUGACGAUCUGGAUCGCGAACUGCUAGGUGAAGGGAGCGGGGAUGAGGAUGACGUUGCGGAUCGCGACGACCGAUCCCCGCGCCCAGCAGAGCCUGGUUACGAGGAUAGUUUCAUUGGUGGUGAUGCAGAUGACGACGCGGAAGCGUUGACAUCCGACGAUGAAGUUGACGACGAGGAGGAUCUCGACGACGGAGAUGGUGGAGUCGAUGUGGACGAAAACUCAUCGACUUUCGAUGGCGGAAAUGGAUACGCUGCCAGCGAGACCUCUUCUGUUGCAGGUGAUACUACUGCUGUCCUAGACGAUGGCAAAGUCUAG